ACACAAUUAGUUCAUCGCCGACCGUCGCCCGAAGACCAACGAGCUAACGACCGGCUUCUCCGAGUGAUUGCAUCAAGUAUCGGGUCGACGCCGUCUUGUCAUCAUAUUGAACUCUUAUUUUAAUUAUCAAAAUGGCACUGAAUAUUGGAUCAGUUCUCAUACUUGAUGGAGUGGGCAAAAAUUGUUCCGAAAUUCUGGCACAAAAUGGCAUUUAUUCAACUAAUACCGUGAAAAUAACUGAAGAAGAACUUCUAAGGACUGUGUCUGUUUAUGAUGCCUUGGUGGUGCGUUCCGCUACUCAAGUGACAAAAGAGGUCUUAGAAGCUGGGAAAGAAUUAAAGGUGGUUGCUCGCGCCGGCGCCGGCGUAGAUAAUAUUGACGUGGAGGCCGCCGCCGCCAAAGGAAUCUGCGUUAUCAAUGCUCCAGGGGCAAAUGCUUUAAGUGCUUGUGAGAUGACAUGUGGGUUGAUAAUGUCUGUAACAAGACAUAUAGUGCCUGCUGUAGCCGCGCUGCGUGAUGGCCGUUGGGAGCGAUCUAAGUACACCGGUACUGAAGUUAAUGGCAGGACUCUAGCUAUCCUUGGUCUCGGCAGGGUCGGCAGGGAAGUUGCUACGCGCAUGCACGCUUUUGGAAUGAAGAUAAUCGGAUACGAUCCAUUUGUAACCGCGGAGCAGUGUGAAUCAUUCCAUUGCACUAAGAUGGAGCUGGAGGAAAUCUGGCCGUUGGCUGAAUACAUCACCCUUCAUACACCGCUCAUUGAAUCUACGCGCAACUUCAUCAAUGCUGAUGUUUUUAAACGUUGCAAAAAAGGCGUUAAGAUGAUAAAUGUCGGCCGUGGCGGGCUUAUCAACGAGCAAGACCUUUUAGAUGCACUCAACUCUGGACAGGUUGGCAGUGCGGCGAUCGAUGUAUUUGAACAGGAACCUCCGACUGAUCCUCUGACGUGGAAGAUCAUCAAGCAUCCGUCUGUUAUAGCAACACCGCAUCUCGGUGCGUCAACCAAAGAAGCCCAAGUGCGCGUGGGACAAGAGAUAGCGGAACAGCUUGUUAAUCUGGCGAAGCCAGGCACAUACUCGACGCCCCUCGCUGAAGUCACCAAGAUCAUAAAGAAGUAAUCCCAGCUGUAUCUUACACUCCAUUUUCAUAUUCUACAUAUUAUAAUGAUCUUUUAUAAUGUUUAUAUUAGCUUCUAGUUUUAUAUUGCUCUUAUAUCGUUAUAUUGCUCGAGUAAUUUUUGUAUUUAAAAAUGCAUUGUAAUCGAUAGCAUUUAUUUUAAGUAAUACAUUUUUGUUUAUGAAA